UAAGAAAUACAUGUAGCAAAGUUUCAUUUCGUAUUUUAAUUUUGUUAUAAUAAAGUUAUUUAAGUAACAGUUUCAUGAAACAUUCAAAACUAUUAAGAAUGGUAUUUCAUAUUUGCUGCCUUAACAAAGUUAACUGACUAAGCUGCGGUGUUCUUAAUAUAUUUGGACUUCAAGCAAGAUGUAUAGAUCGACUAAGAACGUGAACUUGGGAUUUGAAAAUAAAAAUGAAACGGCCAGAGAAAAUGGGUUUGAAUAUAGCGAUGUUUUACGGAAUGGCUUCUCCGAUAUUCCUUCUACUGACCUAGUAUCUACAAAUAUUGAUUCAGAGUCUUUGGACGGAGACUCAAAAUGCAAGAAUAAAAGUAAAAACGUUAAUUUUAAAGGGAUAGAGAUACUAAAUAAUCACCGACUCUUACUUCGACGAGACCAGGUUCCCGUCCACUUGCAGUUUAAUCCAUAUGUUAUUCAAGGUUACCGACCAAUUUUGACAACUUGGGGCUGUUUGCAAAGUCUGUUUUAUCUUCAUAAUGAAACAAUAAAUAUAUUUACCCACGCCUUGGCUCUAGUCUAUGCACUCAUCUGGCUGCCAUACCUGUUGCCAUGGGACCAAAUACAGAUACCUAUCUUGCCUUACUGCCAUGCAGUUGCCACAUUUGCACCAUGGUUAGGAAGCUCUACUUACCAUCUGUUCAUGAAUCAUGAAGGAGGAUCUAAGACUUAUGUGAAGCUUUUGCAAUGGGACAUGAUUGGAAUCUGGGUCACUCAGACUUGUGGAGCUUUUACUACUCUCUAUGCUGGGAUGGCUUGCUUGCCCUUGUUUAUACGCUAUGGUGUGAUGUUUGUGUAUCUGUUGUUCUCAGUUAAAGCUCUCUGUGCAGCUACUUUUGCUUCAAGUGCUUGGCAACGACGAAUUAGUUUCCUUUACCUGCUGUUGAUGCGGUUGGCUGUUCUGUGUGUUCGCCUGACUAAAUUUGGUGGAGGACACCCACAGGCUCUAGUGCAUGUCGCAAUGCAGGAUUUGUGGUCAGUGAUAGGAGCGGUUAUUAGUGCCACACAAAUACCCGAACGAUGGUUACCUGGAAAAUUUGACAUGGCAUUUAACAGUCAUAAUAUUAUGCAUGCUCUAGUGGUACUUGGUAGCAUGCAUAUGCAUUGGGCUGCUGAAAAGGAUUUUAUUUGGCUCUCAGAAGAAAUAUGUAAUCCUUGAUGUAGUUUAAUUUAGGUAUUAAGCUUUAUUCACACUUACUUGAAGUAGUCAUUGACCAAUCAGUGUAAAUGACAACACCGUCUUUUUCAUAGAAUAACUCUGAAAUCUUUACGGUUUUUACAUUACAUGGUAACUAGUAUAUUAUUUAUUUUUAGAAAUAUUCAAAAAUUAUAUUAACCUUCAACUAGUGGGCUCCACAUAUUGUAUCUUAUUGGGUAACUUUAUGUGUUUUCUUGUUACAGCACUUAUUGUUAAAAAUACACAGAUAAAAACAAAAAACGGGCUGAAAUAACUCAUUUUCUAUUUAAGAUAUGUAGCAUACCCCAGCAUAAUAAGUGGAAUUAUAUGCAAUAUUGAUGGCACCUUUUGUUUACAUGUUUAUGUUAUUCAUAUGGUAUUAGAAACCCUAUAAGCACAUUGGUACGUAAAUAGUUUAGAAAAGUUUAUUUAAAAUGCCAACAUAUGGAUCUCAAUUACUGGUGUUUCUAAGGAUAAAUUAUUGAUUGGUUAAUCUUACAUUGACAUAAGAUAUUUUAAUACUGUGUUACUCAUUCUCAAUGUCUAAAGUUUAAAGUACAGUUUUCUAGAAAACAUUAAAAUUUGUUUUACAUGAUUUUUUUUUAUAUUUUCUCAAAACAUUUAAAACUUGAAUAAAUUUAGUAAGUGAAAGAAUGCUUUUGUUUCAAGGCAAAAUUUGAAAAAAGAAGAAUAACACCUAACAACCUUUGUACAAAAAUGCAAUUUAUUGUCAUGUAAAAGGUUGUUUAGCUACUAGAGUUUUUAACAAAUGAAUAUACUUUAUAUGUUACUUUCUGUUUUUAAUAACUGUUUUAUUACUGGCUGGAUAUUUUCAGUAUUAUAUAACAAUUAUUUAAGUAGUUAAAAGCUAUGAAAGUGUGCUUAAUUAAAUGAAAUGUUUCAGCAACGUACUGGUAGAUUCCAGACAGCUAGAUAUGUACCUGUACAUGAUUUAAUAAUUUAUUGUCAUAUUGUUAUUUUACAUUCCUUCAAUUACACAAAUAUUUCAUAUUGAUACAUCUGUGUAACAUUUUUACUACUUAACUAUAGCGUUUUUCAGAGAUUGUAUUUAUUUACAUGAUUCCAUUUGUUCUUGUGCUGAAAAAUAUUUAUUGUUACUAACCUCACACAUAUACAUGCAUGAUGUACAAAAAUAUCCAUGUCAUUUUUGAAGUUUAUUUAAUAUCUGUUGAUACAUGUGUGUGUAUUGUGUAUAUAUAGAGAGUUUCAAGCAUGCAGGAAACUUAUAGCAGUUUGAUAAUUUUUCCUCAAUUUAUUGAAAUACAACAGUUAGAAUUCUAGUCUGUUAUAUGUGAUUAUUUUUAGCUGUUGAUGUGUUUACAAAUAAUUAUUUAUUACACUGAUCAAUCAGUAUUUGAUUACCUUCAAGAAUAUAUUUAAAUAUCAGUGAUAUAUUCCACAUUAACUUAUGAUUUUAAUUUUUUCAGAAUGCUUAUUUUCAGUUUAGCUCUAUUUCUUUACUUUAAUCUUAUUACACAUGAUAUUUUAAGAUUUUUUUAAAUAUAAUUAAAAACAACUUCUGUUUUCUUAAUUGUACUGAAGUUAAUCUCACUUUAUAAGAAAGAUGUUUCAGGUCUUGCGUUGCCCUUGGGAUCUUUUUCUCCAUCUUCACUCAUGCUCAGGCUGAUGGCUAUGAUUAAGCAUUUUGCAACACUUCAAUUUCUAUUAUAACAGUCUUGAAAAGAGAUGGUGGAGUCAGUCUAAAACCACACAUCUUAACAAAUUUUCAACACACCCUCCAUUGUAUGUGAACAUUGACUUUUUAGAUCCAUUGGGAACACUUGUUAGGUAUGUGGUCAAAUGGGAUUACUGUGAUUUCAGCUUUUUUAACCAUCUUUCACAAAAAAAUACAUUGAAUUCAAGAGCAGCUGGAAGCUUGUGAAUGUUUAGUUUUUGAGUUUGCACCAACUUCAAAUCCUUGUUUAUUAUCUUAUAAUGGAAUGGGCUUAUUAAAUUGGAAAAUUCUCUUUCAUUACCCCAGCUUUCACUUUACAUUUGAAUGCAUUAUACCUGAUUGAAUUUGGAUGUGGUUUAUUAGCCUGUUUUUAUUCUAAACACUGUUGUGUGAGUUUGCUUGCUUCAGUGGAGAAUUUCAAGACUUCCUUCAUGGGAAUAUUUUGUUUUUUGCUCUCAUAUCAUUUAACAAUAUCACAGUUUUAAUAUUUGUCUUUCUAUAUUUAUCCCUGAAGCCAUAAAUUUAUCCAUUAUAGUAUUGCCCUGUUAAAAAUAUGGAUUUUGCUAUGAAUCAAACAUAUGUCACUCGUGGCUCCAUGGCUCAUAUAUAUGAUAACAUACAAUUAUCAUUCAAAUAUAGAGUAAUUAACCCUCUGUAAGUCCUUGUAUGUACGGUUAUAAAAAGCCUGCUUCAUACGUUUUUGUGAUAUUUUCUGUUUGGAUAUUAUUUUAUUUAUUAUAAAUUGUUUAUGACUCAAGUAUGAUCUUAUUAAUGUUAAUUUACAUGUGGAUUAUACAAAUUCUAAGUCAAUUACAUUGUACAUCUGAUUCAAAAUGUGUUAUUUUACUGAUUUCCAUAAGCCUUUUGUCCAAGAAACUUUCAUUGGUAACCACUAUGAUAGACUAAAGAUGUUAUUACAUGCUUCUUCUUAAUGUAUUUUCACAGUUUCUUACAUUAAUCAUAUGGUCAUUGAGAUUUAUCUAUCUUGACAAGUUCAGUAGACUAGAUGACUGUGGUGGAUAUGAUCCUUCCAUAAGUAUUUCUUAUUAAUAUUUUACUGAUCACCACAAUAAAUCUGUCCAAUUCAUUAAGCUCAUUUUAUUAGGUGAUUAAAAUAGAAAAAUAUGGUACAUGUGAUCUCAUCAAAUGCAUUCACAGAUGUUCAACACUACUUCUUACUACAAUCUGUCUUCAUAUGUGCAGUUCAAGUAGUGAUGUACAUUAACUGACUAGAUAAGGAGAUUGUGAUGCAAAUGAUCUCUUCAUAUGUUCAGCACUACUUACUGGAUCAUGACAACCUGAUUCUACAAUUAAACUAUAUUCAAGUUCAGUAGUUGACUAAAAUAGGUGGUUACAUUCCAAAUGAUCCCUUCAAAAUACUUCCACAGAUAUUCAUCACAAGUUACUAAACCAUUACAUUCAGUCUCCACAGUUCGGCUACCCAAGUUCAGUGGGUAACUAAAUUAAAAAGAUUAUGGUGUAAAUCAUCCCUUCAAGUUUGUCACAGAUGUUCAGUAGUACUUAUUUUAUAACUAUCAUUAUCUGUCCAAUUACACCGCCCAAGUUCCUCAGGUAGCAGAGUUGGAAGGUUAACCCUACUAAUCUGAUCAAUUCCACUCAUUCAGCCAUUUUAUUACAUCUUAAGGUAAAAAAGGAGAUAAAAAAAUGUUUGUGUUUAAACAUUUUAUACUGUUCUUUCUUUACUAAGUGGCCGUCUAUUGCAUUGUUUGGUGACAUAUAUGAUUUUGCUUUUUCUCUAAAAUAUCCAUGGCUCAGUCAUCCAGUCUCUCAAAUUUGUUUUACUACUUGGUUUUCUUAUGCAGUGAUCAAGAAACUCAGAAAUUCGCUUAAAAAAAUAAGGACACAUCAUAAAGAAUUUCCAUAAUUUCCCAAAUUAAGUCUCUUGUUUUCACUUGAAAAAAAAAGAACUAGAGGGGAUCUGAUGUAUAUGAUUGUUAAUGGCAUUGAUAGUGUUGAUGAAUCAUUCACUUACAUAAUGAAUGAGAAGAACAGUAGGACUAGGGACACAAGGAUAGGAGUCAUCAUCAGCUAAGUCAGUUUGAUUUUUCUAACAGAGGUUGGCUUUUAGAAUGUGUUUUCUAAUGUGGAAGAGGCAUUGAAUUUAAGCGUUUAAAGGAAGGCUUAAUAAAUAUUUGAAUGAUAAAGGUUGGCUUUGAGUUUAUUUCUGAUAGUUUAGUUUAGUGGAUGAGGCAUCCUAGAUGGACCAUAAAUCCCUCAUUGUCCUUAAAUAUUAAGACUAAAGAAACAUUAUCAAAAUAUUAGUAAGUCCAUGCAUUAGCACUAGAUGCAACUUAUGUGCAAAUCAUGAUCUGAAAUACCUGAUUUGUUUUAUUUAAUUACAAGUAGUUGUUGUUAUUUUUCGCUUUUAUUCUACAUAUAUUAAUACAAGAAAAUGAUUGUUUUGCUUCAUUCUACCAUUUACGUCAUCUUAUUCUUUUGGUCAUUUGUUCUUAAUGGUUAUAAAUCGAUUUAUUAUUUGCUCAUAAAUAUAACAUAUUUUAUUUCUUUUUGUUUUUUUAUAUAAUUGUCAAAUAGAUCAAAUCAUAUUUCCCCAUUGAAGGGACUUGCACUUUGAUUUUCUAUAGUCUUAAGCAUAUAUUUUUACAUAAGUCUCAACUUCUGUGUUAUAUUUUUAAAGAUUAGAUAUAUAUAUAUAUUUGAAGCCACAUGUAAUACAUUAUGUAGGAUUCAUAGUUCUUACAAGAAUGGUUACCACUGGUGGAUCAGCACUCUUUUUUUAAACAAUUACAGUGCUAAAAUCUAGUUUGCAUGGACAGAAAGCUCAUUAUAUAGAUUUGGGCUGACAAACAAUAACUUACAUGAGUGUACAAUUUUUAAAAAAUUACAAUGCUAAAAUCUAGAUUACAUGGACAGAAAGCCCAUUAUAUAGAUUUGUGCUGACAAACAACAACUUACAUGAGUGUACAAUUUUCCCACAUAUUUUCUGAAACUGUAUACUGGUUUUUUAAAAAUUAAUACUUCCUUAAAACUUGGAUUUUUCAUACUUGGCUGUCUUAUGUAAUUAAGGUUCCAAUUUUAUAAAUCUAGUCACCAUUGUUUUAUUCUAGAAUGGUAAGAAAUAUAUAAUAGUUUGGUUAAAACUUCUAGAACUUAAUGUGAUGAUGUUAAGCAAACUUUCAAAAUUUUAAUAAUAUUUCAUUUGAAGUCUUUUGUAAUCUAAGAAGCUUUUCAUGUAAAACAGUACUAUUCCUAUUAAUCAACAAAUUCUACAUACAAAUCACCUCUUAGUUGUUGACUACACUGCAAACUAAAACUUGACAGUUUGACAUUGGAUGCUGGAAUUUGAAAUGUAUAUACAUUUAAUGAGAACCAGAAGCUCCAGUAUUCUUAACAAAAACGGUGUUUUACAAAUAAAUAUUAACCCAUAUAAUCUGCAUACAAAGAUUGGUAAAAAAAUAAGUGUUUAUCAUGGUUCUAUUCAAAAUACCUGAAUUACUUUACACUACUUUGGAGUUAUUUAUUUGUCUCUCUGAUUUCAUUGGCUUUAUGGAGGAAGAUGGCAGAACAGUGUACAUGUAUGUCAUUUGCAAUCAACAAAGGUACCCAUGCUCUACCUGGUACUAAAUAUCACUUUCAUUUGGCACUGUUUCCAUGUAAUAACAAUUGAAAUAGCGACGAAACUCAAAUUGUAUGUCUGAUUGCUUAUCCAUUUCAAUUCAACCCGAGUUAUUUUGCCCUAUUUCAUCAAAAUGUGUUUAGUCAGCUCCUCACAAGAGCUUGUGACAUCAAGCAGGUGGAUAACUUUUCUUUAAACACACACACACACACACACAGAACAGAGGUACAUAACCAUCACAUUACCUGUUAUUACUACUGUAAAUAUGUAAAUGAAGCAUUAAGCUGUUUCACAUAUUAAAUUUAUUUAAUCAUUUGGUUUAAAUAUUUCUCAGAUUCAAUUAGUGAGUAGCACACUUGAACCAGUGUAUCAUUUAAUUAGUGCAAUUUUUACCGUGUGUGUAUGAAAUUGAAUUUUACCGUAUCCUUAUUUAGGAUGUUCAAAAUGUUGUAAAAACAUUUGUUACAUAGACUUACAAGUAUUAGCAUUUUCAGUGUUUUAAAAAUUACAUCUUGUUUAAAUUUCUACUUAUAAUAUUUAUUAAUAGAUAUUUUGUAAUGCCAGGUGGUGUUUUUAGAUUAUUGCAACAUAAGUAGAUUUUAGGGUAACUUAUAAAAGUUUUAGAUCAAUUUAUAUUAAGUUCCAUCAUUAGUUUACAACAGAUUUUUUAUGAUCUAUCAUAUUUUUGGUAGGCUGUAUAUUUAUUGUUAUUAUUACAACAUCUGUUUAUCCUUCUAUAUUUUAGAAACACUAAGUAAUUUGCUAUAAACAUUAUGAUUAAUAUUUCAGAUAAAACUUUGUAAGAAUUUGCAUUUUUGAAUUUGUUUUAAUUAAACUAACCACAGAAUUACAUAAAUACUAAAAGGUGGUUUUAGUUACUUCUAAUUUAAUCACUUUCUUUGACAGUUUGUAGUUAAAUGUGCACCUUAUUAAUUAAGUGUAUGAGCAGGUAAUCCACUAUUUAAAGUGGACAAACUUCCAGAACUUUUCUGUCUAGUAAAUAAUAUUCAAACAUAACUCACCUUUGUCUGAACAAAAUUCACUUUUUUCCUACCAAAUGUGUGUUGUAAUUUUAUAAUUAUUAUUGAAUUUCUUAACAAUACUAGUUCAAAAUGUUAAUGUUUCUUAUCCUUGUAGGUACUUUAAAGUUUGAUAUUUUUAGACUUGAUUUAAGGGAAAAGUAACAUAGUUAAGUUCUAAAUGUUACUUAGGUUUCCCAAAAUUUCUCACAAUUUUGUAAAUUCUGGAAAACGUGUUUUUAAAGGUCUAUACUUAGUGCUAUAGGUUUAAUUUCUAUAAAGGUUGAUUAUAUUUAUAGUACAAAUCCUGAAUGAUGCUAGAAUAGUGGCUGAGAAUGUUCUAUACACCAUAUGGCAACAAAUACUAAAUUUAUAUGUAAAUACUGGAACUAAAUAAAUUGAUGAUAAUAAAAAUUUUAAAUACAAAUUUUAAUUACAUUUCCUUAUUUAAAUCAGUAAGAGAUCUUAACAGAGCAGAUAUAAAACAUAUGGACUUUGAUAUUAUUUUUGAUAAGUUUUAUAUACUCAUUAUUCCCCCAACUUAAAUCAUAAUGACUGAGUUUACAUAGUAAAGUCUUUGUUGUGUGUGUGUGUUUCAUGAGCAAUUUAAACUACAUAUAUUCAAAUAAAUUAAAAAAAAACAACCUUUCAGUCAGAUAUUAUUUUUAAGUUUCAUCUGUUUUGAAAAUGACAUUAUUAAAUGGAUAGUUUUUGACCAACAUUUUCAAGAUAAUGUGUUAUAUUCCUUUAAUAUCAUUAUUCACACCAGAUUUCAAACAAGUACAUCAGAUAGUGGUGACAAAAGUCAACUUAACUCAGAACCACCUUUUAUAGCUGAGUCUUGUUUUCUGUAAUUGUACUUUGAAAAGUUGUAUCACUGUAUUUUCUUCAAUUCCUCAGAUUUUACAUACAGUAAUUGAAGUGCUAAUGGCACUCUUUAAUUGCCUUUUAGGUGAUAACUAGAUUGGACAGUAAUUAGCUAAAGAUUUAGUGUGUUUACCAAAUUACUUUAAACUACAUCAACCUACUACUUAUCGUGUAAAUUAAUAACGUUUUAAUGAUUGUAACUAAACACAAGCAUACUGCAUGAAAGUAACUUUACACAGUUUGAAGAAUAAAGUUUUAAUUGCAAAAUAA